CUUUUUUUGUUUGAGGUAGAAUUUUAAAUAAUAAGGCAGUUGUAAAAGUAUUGUUACUGCGGCUGUGAUUUCCAUCUGCCCUGCAGGUUAAUCCAUCUCGAUUGUUGAGAGUAAAUACCAAUGCUACUUAUGGCAACUGGAGUUUUCGUUAUGUAGAAAAUUUAAACAGUAGAUUUUAUUUUAGAUUUUAAGACCAACGGAAAUGAAAGCAGCUUUUCGUCAUGACGACAGUCUCGAUAGCACUGGUAGUGGUGGAAGUUUCAAUCUUCCGCAAAAUAACUUUGCGCUUGUCGGACAAGAUGCAGGAAAUGAAAUUCCUGUAAAUUCAAACAGGAUGGACAAUCAACAAAACAGUGGAAGUGGUUCUUCUACUGAUGUGGGUUGGACUGGAGAUUCAAAAGCAGCAGACACACGUCUAAUGAGUCAAGAAGGAGUGUUUCAACUAACCAAGGAUCUAAGGACCUUCUCUGAGGCUUUAACUGCCCUGAAAUCUGUGUUUCUGGAUGAAAGAAAUUCAUCCGACAAAUCCCAGCGAGUUCUGGCACAUGAGCGACUAGGGGAGUUACUGCAGGUGUUAAAGAUGGUCGUGGAUAAAUAUGCUGAACUUAAUUCAACAGAGAUUCUCUCCAUGGCUGGGGUGUUGAUUAGACACGUCAAAGAGUAUAACUAUGAGGAUGACAGACUUGACGCUUCUCCGGAUAUUUUUAGAGCAAUCAACAAUCUUGCCAUGGCAUUCAGCAACAGUGUAUCUGAAUGCUUGAUGGGAGACGUACAUAUCAGUCCACGAUUAUCCAUGACUUCUUCUCAUUCAUUUGAUACUUUUGAAGCAAGUGACCAGAGGACAGAAUCAAUUGAAAAUCCUCCAGAAAUCCCAACCACUGAAGUUCCAAGCUCUGAGAAUACUUCAUCUGAACAUGCUGAUGAGCUUUUACAGCGCAUGGAUGCAGGACUGGAAAUGGCGUUCGAGCGAGCAAAGAUAUUGUCCAAAUAUCUCAGUGACCUUAUGACUUAUGUGAAGAAGAAAGCUCAUCUAGAAAUGGAGCAUUCUAAGAGCUUGUUAAAGCUGUCACAAGCCACCAAACCCAUUCUUUCAGAGCAAAGUUUCCUACCGUUCCAAUCUCUUUACUGCACUGCACUUGAUCAUGAUCGAGAGUACGGGAGUAACAGCCAUACAAUGUAUCAAGCCCAAAUCCUACAGCAGAAGUUUCUGGAGCCUUUGCAAGCAAAGAAGAGCCAGCAUGAUAAACGGAGGAAAACCAUACGUGACACUUGGAACAAAGAGAAACGAAGAUCAGAGGAGGCAAUACUAAACAUGAAAAAAGCAAAGCAGACGUAUCAAGUUAAAAUCCAGGAGUAUCAUAAGGCAAAGGAGGCAGCUAUUAAAGCUGAAACUGAGCAAAGUCAGCAGUCUAACCCUUCUCAUCCGGCAAAACACGGAGCAGUUUCUCAAACUACGACACUCGGAUCAGUUCUUUACUCCGCUGCUGCAUCCGGGAAGAUGGAGAAGAAGAAGAGGCAAGAAGAGGACACGAAUUUGAAGGCCACUCAAGCUGAACAUAAUUACAAAGCUUACGUCAUGGAAGCCAACAAACGCUUGAGAGAUCUUGAAAGAAACAAGGUUCAUUACCUUCAACAACUACGAGACCUGAUGACACAAUGUGACCAAACAGCACAAAGUGUCACAAUCAGUUACUUCCAACUCCAUCAACAAUUAUUCUCACCUUUGCCUGUACAGUUUCAAGCAAUGUGUGAAGACGCGAAGAGGUACGAACCUGGCUUUCAAUACACGGAAUAUAUCCGGAACCUUCCCUCACAACCCUACCAUAUAAGGUCUGACUUUGAGUUUGAGCAAGUCUCGGUGGAUGGAGCGCCUUACCUUGUUUCAGGUCGUUCAAUGGAAACAGAUGAUUACCAUGGAAAAUCCACAUCACAAGGCCAUCAUAGAACUAAAGGUUUAAGCGACACUGAGAGCAGCAGCAGCCGAUCUCUCGAUGAUAUUUCCCCAUCUGCCAGCCCAGGUGACCUAACAAGGGCAACCCAUGGCAGCAGAAGGCUUUCCAACGCCGGCUCCUUGUCUUCGGAGGAAAAUCUUGCUGAUAAAGAUGUCCCUGGAUCCAACCUAGCUAUCCCCGCAGAGCAUGGUGGACUUGGUCCAACCCCUGAGAGUUCUCCUGUACCUUAUAGACAUCAGACAUCAAAACCAGCGAGCAAAAUCGCAACAAUGGCUGCUAAUGUGCAACGAGCCUUUAAGAGUAAAAAGUCGUCAAAAUCUUCUUUAUUUGGAGUGGAGUUUUCUGUUGCCACACAAGAUGUGCCCGAUGGGAUUCCUUACCUUGUUAAGCGAUGUAUUGCUGAGAUUGACAACCGAGCUCUUAAUGCAAAGGGUAUUUACCGGGUAAAUGGGGUCAAAAAUCGUGUCGAGAAGUUGUGCACCCAAUUUGACUUGUCCGCGGACCGAGUCGACCUUUCCCAGCAGUCGCCACACGAUGUCAGCGGAGUGCUCAAGUAUUUUCUUCGUCAACUACCAGAGCCACUAAUGCAAUUCAACCUUUAUCCUACUUUCCUUGAUAUAGCAAAGGAUUACCAACAAGUGAUCACUUCAACCAACGAAGCGAUGGCUCAAGCAAAAGAAGCAAACUUACCGAUGCCAGACCCCCCUACCCGUGCCUUCCUAGAUUCAUUUGUUCUUAGAUUAAAAGAAACAGUUGAAACGUUACCUCUGCCUAACCGGAAUACACUUCAGUAUAUAAUAUCCCAUCUUACAAGAAUUGCCUCACAAUCGCACGAUAACAAGAUGACGGCAAACAACCUUGCCAUUGUGUUCGGUCCAACUCUGUUACGACCGCAGCUCACGGAUGGGAAUGAGUCAUUGAAAACACUGAUAGACAUGCCGUAUCAAUCGCGUAUAGUGGAAUUACUACUUAUCCACAAGGAUGCGAUAUUUGGCACACACACUCACACAGCUGGUAAUAUCUUCCCGUUUGCAGGCUUCCACCAUACCCCAUCAUCAUAUAGUGUUGAUGAAGGCUCCACGGAGCCAGAAAAUGACGGCAUCACGGCCUCAUUGAGACAGGUCACUCUCAUAGCAGAGGGCACUAACAAAAGCUCGGACGAGGUGUCACACGAGGGCGAUAUUCUACUCAAUUUUGACGAUGAUGUCCCCAUCGAAGCACCCCAGGCGUCCAACGCGAGUGGUUCGGACGUUCACAUCCUGCCACUAACUGACUGCGGAGAGAUCAUUCGAGAUAGCUCUGGUGUGAACAACAUUGAUAUGAAAACUAACCUCAAUGGAUCAAGUCAAAACAGUGGAUUAGAAGGUGGAAAACUAAAUUCAAUGAAACAGCGACCUAACUUGCUAAAUCUUCAUACAAGUAGCACAGAAAGCGAACCUAAUUUACUUGAUUUCUCUCCGAAGACUGGAUUAACUCCACUCACGGAAAACGCAAUCUGCAACGACGUGCAAAUCCCUGUUGUUCCAGCCCGGAAUCGGUCGCGAAAAACUUCUGCUAAUCGAACUGAGGGAGCAAAACCCGAUGAACUUUUAAGUGGCGGAGAUGCUGAAAACCUCUCCAACUUGUCUGAGUCCUUGUAUUCUUCCAUGUCUCGCCGUAUAAGUAUAUCUUCAGUUUCCAAGAUCACAAAAAAUCUUGGCAGACGACCUCCCCUUUUGAAGUCAGGCAGCUUUGAUUCUUUAGCUUGCCCUUUGGAACCAAAGGUGUCAGAUCAGCAGCCACGAUCUAGGAAACUGCCAACUAUUCCAGCUCAUGUUUCUGGAACUAACUCAGCUUACUAUAUGGCAGGCAGGACCCCUCCUCAACCCAGUAUGGGCCAGAAGUCGUCCAGUUUCUCUCUAUCACUUCCUAACCCUGAUACUUCAGCUCCGGCAGCAAAACGUGGAAUUCUUCUUGAUGAUUUUAAAUCAAACGAAGAGAAAGAGGGUUCAUUUUGCUGAUUUAAAAGUUUAAAAACACAACUAAAACAUCCAAGAUAAUAUAAUUAUGUCUCCAAUUUAUAAACUUAAUUAAUAGCUUAUGUUUCACCCAAUUGAUUAUGAUUUUCGCGGUACAAUCAUUGAUAGGAUUUAGUGUAAUUAUCAAAACUUGGCUUCACAUUACACAUCUAAUUCAUUCCUGGCUCAAGUUGUUACACUUCUCCAUUCUUGGUGCAAUAUCUUAGCAUUCCAUGCCGAAGCAUUGUAACAGUAUUUGAUCUUUAGACAUGCAAUGUAUCACAUUCGAACUAUCAACUAUCCGCCCUGCCCCCCUGUAUGCUUCAUAACCUAGAUAACGGCCGCUUGUCAGUGUCAUUGUGAAUAUUUCCAUAACCAUUUUAUGACCGAACCGAUUAACCAGUGUGUUUAAACCAAUUUUAACCUGACUGAUUUAUCGUAUUGUUUAUUGUGCCCCUUCUAUGACUUAUUGUAUUUAUUUUGUAUCGAUGCAGUUAUUCAUGUUACCAUGUAGACGAUAGCUUUUAUCUGCUCAUUACUAAACGUUUUUAGCACGACUGCAAUUUGCGUAUGCUUUUUCGCCCUAACCCUUUCAAUAUUGUUCUAUCUCAAUGCCCUACAGAAUGUUAAAGGCAUGAAGGAUACACUCCAACUGCGACCUUGAAUAUUUGGCUCCCUUUAUUUUACCCAAAUUAUGUGGUGCGUUGCCCAACACGGCCAAAAUUCAAGUUUUACUCCCCAGUGAUUUUGCUCCUACCAAAUUAACGAUAGUAUGCGAUCACAAUAUUUCGUUGUAUCAACGUAACGUCGGAAAUAUAACGUUUAAUAAAAUUAUGAAUACUGCA